CUGUGUUACAGGUUUACAUACGAGCGUCCAAGCAGCAAGGAGUCCAAGGAGCCGUCACAACAUUCCUAUGCGCUGUCCAUUCCGUUGCCUGUAAAUUCGACAAUACGGAAUAAUCUUGCCAUCAUAAUAAGGGGGCAGUAUAAUGAAAGUAUCUUGUUAGAACAGGCCUGGCCGCCAUACGUUAUUGUACCGAACGAAGGAGAUCUGAAGCCAGCGCAUUCACUGUUAGACGUAAUGAGCCAGCCAAACUUAACUGCUCAGGCAGCUUUUUCGAAUGUUUCUAUGAAACUCAAAGCGUCGAGCAGUUUGGGAAAUAGAGUAUGGACCGCAGAACUAGUGGAAAAUAACGAAACAGCUGCUCUCACUCUUCCGCUUGAUGAUGUCAGAUAUGGUGAACACUCGGAAAAGUAUAUGCAAAUGAUCGCUUUCGUCGACCGAGUCUUCCCGUCGUUUGCGACUAAAUUUGUUCAAGGAGGGUACUUUCGGAAAACAUUGCCAGUACUGGGAGGUGAAGAAAUGCAGCAACACGACUAA